AUGCGUUCCGACAAGCUUCUCGUGCUCGCCGGUCUGGCGAGCUAUGCUCUCGCUCUCCCCACGAAGGACUUGGACCCCCGUACCUUCGGCCUCGUCACCGAGAUUCUCACUGACCUUGGUGAGGACCUGACCGGUUUCAUCGAGGCCCUCCUUGGUGGCGGUGUCAAGAGCUCCGCAAGCCUCCUCACUGGUAUCAGCGCUCAGGCAGCUGCUGUCCUUGAAGGUGGUGCUCUGGGUUGCACUGCCGGCAAGAUCGAUGCCUCUGCUCGUGCGGAGCUGGCUGCGUGGAUCCGUGCUCAUGCCAGCUUCGAUGCCUCCCUCAAGUCGUCUCUGUUGGCCUGGUGUGAGGGUGAGGACUCUGCCACCCUGUCCGUCGAUGUCCGUGCUGGUCUCGCUCUGUUCAUCCCCACCUGCGCCGAGGUCGCUGCCAAGGGCGACAUUUACGUGACUGUCGACGGUAUCUUCUCUGUUUCCGACCUCGAGGCCGCUGUUGUCCUCAGCUCUUCUUUCCAGUCUACUCUGUCUACUUUCAUCUCCGGAUCCGUUGGUGUUGAAUUGGAUGCCGACAUCAAGGCUGGUCUUUCCCUCUGUGCUGGUGGUGGUGUCGUCGCCGACCUUGCUGCGGAUGUCGAGGCCGCCCUGAAGGUCUGGCUUAACGGCUCCGAGUGCUCUCUGAGCGCCUCCCUCAAGGCUGCUGUCCUUGCUUGGUUGGAAGGCAAGGCUAGCGUGUCUGGCGUUGUUACCAUUGGCACUGUGCCCACUGCUGGUCUCACCACCGUCUCCGUCGGUGCCGCCAUCAACGCCCUUGUCGAAACCUCUGGUGCCCUCACCGCUAGCGCCCAGGCCUACCUCUCUGCCUUCCUCAAGUCCUCCCUCGCCACCGACAUUGAGGCCGAUGUUAAGGUCGUUCUGGAGGCCUGUAUCUCGGGCAAGCUUGCCACUUCCGUCAGCGCCGAUGCCCGUGCUGCCCUGGCAGUCUGGCUCUCCGGCGAUAGCUGCCAGCUGGGCGUCGAGCUGAAGGCCGUUCUCUACUUCUGGCUUUCCUUUGCCCUGAGCGGCGACGUCACCGUUGACUUGUCCACCGACAUCAUUACCGAACUUGAGACUUUCAUUACCGGUACCAUCGACACUCUCAUCGGUGUCAACAUUAGCGGCGUGCUCUCCCUGCUGCUGUCUGGCGAGAGCCUGGCCUCCCUCUCCCUGGAGUCUCGUGCUGAGCUGUCUGCUGUCAUCGGUGGCUGCGCUGGUGUUGAUAUCAGCUCUUCUAUUGAGAUCAUUGUCAUUGAAUGGCUUACCGGCUGCAGCAUCCCCGGCGGUCCUUCUAUCGGCUCUGGCUCUGGCUCCGGCUCCGGAUCUUCCUCCAAGCUCAUCCCCAGCGCCUCGAGCGUUCCCGCCGCCGCUUCGACCCCCGCUGCCAGCGUUCCUGCUGUUCCCACCGUCUCCGUCCCCACUGGCGGUUCCAGCCCCAGCAAGCCUGCUCAGUCCGGUGCCCCCGGAUCUCCCAGCGGUGUCAGUCCUUCCGGUAUUCCUUCGGUUCCCUCCCCUGCUCAGUCUGGUGCUCCUGGUGCUCCCUCUGGCGGUGUCCCCGCUCCCAGCGGUGGCGUCGUUCCCUCGUCUCCUGCCCAGUCUGGUGCUCCUGGUGCCCCUAGCGGCGGUGUUGUCCCCACUACUUCUGUUCCGGAAGGCGCCAGUGCCGGUGCCUCCACUACUCCCUGCGACACUAUCACCGGCGAGACUGUUGUUCCCGUUGCUACUAUGACCGAGGGCGGUUCUGCUCCUAGUGCUCCCGCCCAGUCUGGUGCCCCUAGCGGUACCCCCAUCGUCGGUGGUGGUGCUGGCGGUGCUGCUCCCUCUGGUAGCGUUCCCUCUGUCCCCUCCGGCUCCGUCCCUGCUGUUCCUACCGCUAGCGUCCCUGCCGUUCCCACUGCUAGCGUCCCUGAAGGUGCCAGCGCUGGUGCUUCCACCACCCCCUGCGACACUCUCACCGGUCAGACUGUUGUUCCCGUUGCUACCAUGACCGAGGGUGGCUCUGCCCCCAGCGCCCCUGCUCAGUCCGGUGCCCCUGGUGCUCCCUCCGGUGGUGCCCCUGCUCCUAGCGGUGGUGUUGUUCCCUCUGCUCCCGCUCAGUCCGGUGGUGCCCCUGCCCCCAGCGGCGGUGUCGUUCCCUCCGGUGCUGCUAGCGUCCCUGCCGUUCCCACCGCCAGUGUCCCCGAGGGUGCCAGCGCUGGUGCUUCCACCACCCCCUGCGACACUCUCACCGGUCAGACUGUCGUUCCCGUUGCUACCAUGACUGAGGGCGGUUCCGCUCCCAGUGUCCCUGCUGAGUCUGGUGCCCCUGGUGCCCCUAGCGGUGCCAGCCCCUCCGAGACCCCUGCCGCUCCUGCUCAGUCUGGCUCUGGCAACGCUCCCAGCGGUGGCUCCCCCGCCCCCAGCGGUGGUGUCGUCCCCUCCGGCGCUGCUAGCGUCCCUGCUGUUCCCACCGCUAGUGUCCCCGAGGGCGCCAGCGCUGGAGCCUCCACCACUCCCUGCGACACCAUCACCGGCCAGACUGUCGUCCCUGUCGCUACCGAGACCGUGACUCCUGUCCCCGCUGCCACCUCGGUCACUGAGGGUGGUUCCUCUCCUCAGAUCACCACCGCUCCCGUCGCUGGUUCCGGCUCCGGCUCUGGCUCCGGCUCCGAGACUGAGGUGGUUACUGUCACCGUCACCGCUACUGUGAGCGUUUCGGCUUGCGACUGUCGAUCACAAUUAGAGAGCACGACACAGCCACGCAGCUGUCACUACAUCAUCAAGCGGCUAAGGACGGGAGAUGAUGUACGUCACGACAGCGGCACGGCAGUGGGUAAGCUGACGAAGAGAGAUGAUGAUGAGUUGGAGCUUAUGCGUACGAGAAAUGUUAUCAACUUCCCUGGUUCAAGGCCAACUGGUGAAUACCUGAAUUAG